AUGAGCCCCGCGUCGGCAGGCAACCUCGAAGUGGAGCGCUACAUCGGCGCCUGCUUGAUCUCCCAAAACUACGGCAAGCACCAGCGCCAGGACCAGUACUGGGCCGGCAAGCCGUACAUCUCCCUGCGCCAGGACGCCGAUACCCUGGCCAGGUUGGCAGUGCACGCUCAGGGAGCCCCCUUGGUGCUCACCAAGACCUACAACCACAGGAAGAACAAGGUGCAUCGGCACCACCAGGUGCCGGUGCCAGAGAAGAAACCCAACGCGGACGCAGUGAGUGUGACCAGUGACGAGAGCGCCAACUCGGAGACUUGCCUACCUCGCAUAAUAAAGCCAAGGAAGCGCCGGAAAAAAGACAGGAAGCUCCCCGCGUUGAACAGGUGUCCCAGCCAGGAAGAAGGUUUCUCCACUGACAGCGCUAGCCCCGAGAUUGACCACCCUUACGUCUCGCUGAACCAAUUCACCACCUUCCAUCGGGACCCUUACAACCUCCUGGAGUGUCCCCCUAAGCUGGGCGAUAUCAGCGAAACGCCUAAUUUGCACCAUUCCUUCGAGGACGUGGAAGAACCCGAGGAUCCCAAAGACCUCAACGGGAACCAAUCGAGCUGCCAGUGCAGGUUGUGCGAUCCCAGCGGGCAGAUUUGGGACGUGGAUCGCGAGUGUUAUUCGCCCUUUCUCACCCCUCCCAUGUUCCGGUUUUUCGAUGAGAGGUCCAUUGGUUGCCUGGAGCGCGGGUUGUCUUCGGUGUCUCUGGAUGAGAAGACGACCAGGUCGAGCAGGUCGAGCAGUUCGUCGUGCAGCGAUCUGGAGGUGUCCACGGAGAUUGUGACGUCAUUGAAUGGGCACAGGGACUUGGAGAUCAGGUUUUUUUCGAGCGGUGGCGGGUCGGAGGGUAGGAACAGGUGUGGGGGUGGGUUUGUGGCCGAAGAGUGA